AUGCUCCCUAUCCCUCCGACAAGAGUGGCCAAGCAAUUCUUCACACAUUUCCCGUACUAUCUCCAACUACGCGCAUCGAAGAUCCUCAUUUCUAGCUUGUUCGUCUGGCUUUUAAUAUUCUUCUAUUGCCGGGUCACCCUCUGGCGUGAUCCACAUUCUGCCUACUUCGAAGACCGCCAUGUCUACGAGCUGGAUUACAGUCUCCACCGCGAACGUGAGGCCUGGCAUUUUAUCUCACAGCAUAAUUCGGGCAUAGAUCCACCAGAUUAUGUGAAGAGUGGAAGCACACCAUCUGUUUGUAUAGCCAUGGUCACUGUUCGACGAGACUCGGACCACUAUUUUGAGGCAUCUGUUGGCUCGCUGUUGGAGGGCCUGGAUGAAAGGGAGCGGCAAGCGUUGUAUCUCAGUAUUCUUUUUGCAGAUACAGAUCCGAGAGUUCAUCCCAGUUGGGAUCAGAAAUGGGUGGGCAGGCUCGUGGACUCAGCGGAUAGUUAUAACGUGACAGAAGGACAACUUCAGCAUUUGCAGGAUCUGGAGAAAGAGAAGAAUUUCUAUGAAAAGGGAGUCUUCGAUUAUAUAUACGCCCUACGAGCCUGUCAGGAAGUAAACGCCCCCUACACCAUCAUUUUCGAAGAUGAUAUCAUCCUUGCCACAGGCUGGUUCUCGAAGACUCUGAAGGCACUAUCCGAUAUUUCACAACGGAGCCAACAGCCAAGGGAUCCCUGGAUCUAUCUCCGUCUUUUCUACACCGAGACCUCAUUGGGCUGGAGCGAUUCCGACAUGGCAUACAGAAACAUGCCCCUGAUAUUUGGCCUUCUCAUGCUGUCUACAUUCUCAUCCUUAUCAAUGCUUCGGCACACUCGGUUCCAACGGCUGCACCUUGACACCCUGAGCAUCGUGGUUAUCUCUAUGGUAUGCGUUCCAGCCUUCACCGCACUCGUAUACAUGGCCGGAAAAUACAACGUAAUGCCGCUCCAUGGUGUUGUUGAGAUGAACCAGUAUGGAUGUUGCACCCAGGGCUUGGUGUUUCCGAGGGAAAAUGUGGACGGUCUGAUUGAGUUCUUGAGCGCAAGAGGACAUGGUCAGACGGACUCUAUGAUAGAGGAAUACGCUGAUCAGAGCCAGUUGACUCGAUAUGCUCUGGCACCGCCCCAGCUGCAGCAUGUGGGGUUGAAGUCGAGCCGGAACAAUCUUGACAUCAAUACUCAGAGUACGUGGGCAUUUUGGUUCGAGACCAAUGAUCCAGCCAAAUUGAGAAGAGAGCACGCUACGCUUCUGGAAGAUUAUGAUGUGGAGAGGAUGCUGAACGUAUAG